UAUUAUUAUUAUUCUUUUCAAUUUUAGGGAUAAUUUUAUUUGCCUGAAAUGUUUGAUUUACUAGUACGAACAACUGCGAAGGAAAGGAAGGAUGGGAGACUGAAAAAAGAAGGAGAAGCAGUUAGUUGAUUAGGAGGAGGAGGAGGAGGAGGAGGAGGAGGAGGAUAGGUGGUGGAUGAUAGCUCGCCUUGCGGACUUUCAAAUCAAUCGAUAUCUGGACAUGGAAGUAUCGAAGAUAUAGAGGGAGGGAAGGAGGGAGGGAUAUAUCACAAGUCAAACUCAAACGACAAAAGAAGCAAGCAGAUCUACAGACUACAGGCUACACCAAUCUCUCUCUCUCUCUCUCUCUGUCUUCCAUUGGAUUGGAUCUCUCUUUCACUCUCACGGUCUCACCCACACCCAUCCAGCUACCUCCAUCCAAACCAUCUCAUUCAUUUCUUUUAUUUAUUUAUACAAUACAAUACAAUACAAUACAAUACAAUACAAUACAUCACCAGCUUUAUUUUCACAAAUUACUGCGUCCAGAUCUCACCUUUUCUUUGUCACAAAAUUAAAAUAACAUAAAACGGAAAACGAUCUUACCUUUUUCUCCCUCUCUCUCAUAUCUCACUCUUUGUAGAUUUAGUUUCCUAUGUUUUAAGCAGGAUUCUGCCAUUGCUCGUCACCACACGGGAUCACUACUGCUACCUUCUGCUUUUGACUCCUCUCUAAUCUCAUCCUACAACCUAAAUUAAUGGGUGCCACCCAGUCCGUACAAGUGGUCGAAGAGAGCGAAGAAGACCAAGAAGAAGAAGAAGACCAAGAAGAAGAAGAAGAAGAAGAGGAAGGAGAAGAGAACGAUAUUGGUGAGCCCAUUAGAAGUGAACUGGACAAGGAUUUGAUCAAGAAGGUUCUAGAACAAGAACCCGAGAUGCUUUGCCACGCAUCCGCAUCGCCGCUCUCGCCUCAGCUCUCCUCAUUAGGCACCCCGCGCCUCGGGCCCUCCAUCAAGGUCUGGGACCCUUACAACCUCCUCGCUCCUCCUCCGCCUCUUCUGCCGCCGCCUCAGGGCUUCUCCCGAAGCUUCUCCUUGAGUUCCAAUGCCAUGGAGGACGACCGCUUCAUGACGGAGGUCUUUUUGAUUAGUCACGGCGAGUGCGAGUUGAAUUUGCGGCCCGAUUUGGUGGGCGGCCGCUGCCCUCAGGCGGCUUUGACCCCCAAUGGGAAGCGGCAAGCCAGGGCCUUGGCGGUGUUCUUGAAUUCCCAGAGGGUCAGCUUCAAUGCCGUUUACACCUCCCCUUUGGAUCGUGCGCGCUCAAUGGCGGUUUCCGUCUGUCAGGAAAUGAACUUUCCAGUGGAACAGAUACAAGCGUCGGAUGCACUUGCAGAGAUGAGUCAGGGGGAUUGGGAGGGGUGCCCCCGGUCAGAAAUAUACACAGCUGAACUUUUGAGCUUCAUUGACAGGGUUCAGCCUGAUUUCUCUGCACCAUCAGGAGAGUCACUUAGGCAAGUGGAAUUUCAAAUGGUUCAAUUUUUAAAUGGGACAGUUCUGGGGCUUACUGAAAAGUUAAGAGCGUACUUCUCUUUCUCGUCACACAAUCAGAAUGAGAGCCAAGGAUUUUCACACCAUAAUUCUCAUGUUUUAACCAACUCAAUUCAUGACCGAGAAGGGUCUUCUCUCCCACCACCUCAAUGGGAUCUGCUUCACAGGCAGCGGCAGGGGCUCUUAAGGAAAAAAUCUGGUAAGAGCCGGCUACAAGUGGUGACUACAACCGGAGAUCAGGAGGUUGAAGAUGAGAUUUCCCCUCGGGAAGUGAAUCACCAAAGUUCCCCACAUGAUUUAAGUGGCAGGAGCUCCUCUUCUGUGUCUUGUAUUGGCAUUUUCAGUCAUGCAGUGCCAAUCAAGUGUCUCCUCACAGGCAUCCUUGGAUGUAGCCCAUUAAUGUCACAUAAGAUUUGCAUAGAGGAUUCCUCGGUGACAGUUUUGCAGCAUUCAUGGAGAACAGGUUGGCAGAUAAAAAGGUUGAAUGAUACUGCACACCUCAGGCUUAUGUAGUUAUGUUAGAGUUUUGGAGUAUCGAAUCGAUCCUUACAUUAUAUCGACUCAUGGGAAACCCGGCAUCCUCAGAAUGUCAGGAAACACGAUUUUGCAUAAAUUUGCAAUAUACCCACCCCCACCCCCCGGCCAUUUGUUGUAACAUUUGCUAAAUUUAUUUCAACAUUUACAACUCCAAAGAAGAAAGCAUUGUGGUUGGAGUUGGAUCCUUGUAUUGGGUGAUUCUUUUUAUUUGUAGCUUUUGCAGGAGAUGGUGUGAAAA